AUGUCUGAAUGCAACCACAACUGCUCAUCCGCCACCGAAUGUGAAAGAUGUUUAAAGCAGAUCUUUGAAGGAGAAAAUUGUGCACUUGCCUACAAUGAAGAUGACGAUUGGUUUGGUGAUGAAGAUGAAGAGUUUGAAUUCGUCGGCAACAACGAUUGGUUUGAGAACGCCUUUGUUGAAGGAAUACAAGAACGGGAUGAAAUGCUGUACGGUUACCAGCAGCUGAAUGAAGAUGAAAAUGAUGGUGAAGAUGAAAAUGUUGAUGAAGAAAAUGAUGAAGAAGAAACGGACAAAUUGAAACGAGUAGAUUAA